GUUUUGGUGCAUUAUCAUGAUACCACCGCGAAUUAUAAACGUUGCUCAAGUUGAAAUGAAAGAUCACCCGCUCGAAUGUUGAAUGAUGUUAGCCAAUCUGGCCCGAAGAUUGUUGUCAAGCAGUGGUUGGUUCAUCAAGUCCAUGGCUUGGCCCCAUGUCCGAAUUCAAGUCAGACAUUCAGCUAUUCGGGUUCAGCCUCUAGAACGUCUCAACGCCCCAAAGCUCUCUCAAACAUUGAGCCGAUGUGCUACAAAAACCUUAACCACCCCCAUCUCCAAAUAUCGGAUGAAACCCAGCUUCCAUCGCAGUAACGGGGAAAGGCUCGCAAAGUGCAGGACAAGUUCGUGGAGACUAUUUACUUAAGGUCAAUCCCCUUCCCUGAGAUCACCCGGUGUUAAAUCUAUAUUCUCAAUGUACC